CCAGGCUCCUCCGUCCUCUCCUCGGACCUUCCUCCUCCGGUGUAACCGAGCCCUCCGUCCCGGUUCUCCGCACGGGAGUCGCAAGGUUUUCUUUCUUGCCCGCUCGGAGACUUCAUCCACCCGCCGAAAGACUCUUCUCUUCCGCGGCCGCGAGUCCACCAUGGACGCCAAUCCCCCGGAAGACCAGGAGCUGCGGAACGUCAUCGACAAGCUGGCGCAGUUCGUGGCCCGGAACGGGCCCGAGUUCGAGAAGAUGACCAUGGAGAAGCAGAAGGACAACCCCAAGUUCUCCUUCCUGUUCGGCGGCGAGCACUUCGGCUACUACAAGCUCCGGCUGGCCGCCGAGCAGCAGCCGCACGCCGGCGACGGCGAGGCCACGCCCCCUCCGCCGCCGGUGGAGCAGCUGAUCCAGCAGAGCCGCUGGAACCUGCAGCAGCAGGAGCAGCACCUGCACGCCCUGAGACAGGAGCAGGUGAGCGCCGCCAUCGCGGCGGCGGCGGAGCGCCGGACGCAGCAGCUCCUGCAGGAGACGCAGCUGGACGUGGGCGAGUUCGACGCCCUGCUGCAGCCCAUCGUGGACACCUGCACCAAGGACGCCAUCUCCGCCGGCAAGAACUGGAUGUUCAGCAACGCCAAGACGCCGCAGCACUGCCAGCUCAUGACGGCGCACCUGCGCGACCGCGUCACCGCCGACACGGCGCACUUCGAGCUGCGCCUGCACCUCAUCUACCUCACCAACGACGUGCUGCACCACUGCCAGAGGAAGCAGCAGAAGGACCUGCUGGCGGCGCUGCAGAAGGUGGUCGUCCCCAUCUACUGCACCAGCUUCCUGUCGGUGGAGGAGGACAAGCAGCAGAAGAUCACGCGGCUGCUCCAGCUGUGGGAGAAGAACGGCUACUUUGACGAGGAGACCAUCCAGCAGCUGCAGAACCCGGCGCUGGGUCUGGGCCAGUACCAGGCGGCCCUGAUCACGGAGUACGCGGCCGUGGUGCAGCCGGUCCAGCUGGCCUUCCAGCAGCAGAUCCAGGCCCUGAAGACCCAGCACGAGGACUUCGUGCUGAGCCUGAAGCAGCAGGCGGAGCCCGAGAAGCCCCCCCCCGCCGCCGCCGCCGCCGCCGCAGCCCCCCCCGCCGGCGACGUGAAGCCCCCCCCCCUGCCGGAGUUCGACGGCCCGAAGGACCCCGGCGAUCUGCCCCCCAGCAAGCCCGCUUGGUUCGACCCGCAGCACAUGGGGCCCUGGAACCCCUCCCAGCCGCCGCCCUUCGACCCCAACCAGCCCCCCCCUCCGUGCCCCCCCUGGAACAGCCACGAGGGCAUGUGGAGCGAGCCGCGGGACCCCCCCGGCGGCUGGAGCGGCGGCCCCCCGCCGCCGCCCCGAGACGCCGGCCUGUGGAGCGGGUCGGAGCCGGGGCCGCCGGGCCCCCCCUGCUGGAAGUCCUACGACCAGCAGCAGCAGCAGCAGCAGCAGCAGCAGGCGCCGUGGGGGGGCCAGCCUGAGGGGCCGCCCUGGGGCCAGAGGGAGCCCCCCUUCCCCCCACGCAUGCAGAGACCCCCCCACUUCCGGGGGCCCUUCCCCCCCCAGCCGCCCUUCAACCAGCCCCCCCCGCCGCCGCCGCACAGCUUCGGCCGCUUCCCCCCCCGCUUCAUGCAGGACGACUUCCCCCCCCGCCAUCACUUCGAGCGGGCGCCGUACCCCCCCCACCGCUUCGACUACGCUCAGGGGGACUUCCCUGGAGACCUCCCUGGAGGUCCGCCCCCCCCUCCCCACCACCACCACCCCAACCAGAGGCUGCCGCCGCCGGGCAUGGGGGGCGACCACCCCCCGUGGGGGGGCGGCCCGCCGCCCCCGCCGCCCCCUCCCCCGCACGGCUUCAACGGCCACUCCCCCCACGUGCGGCAGCGGCCCCCCCCGGCCCAGGAGGACCCCAGCCUGGUGCCCAACGUGCCGUACUUCGACCUGCCGGCCGGCCUGAUGGCCCCCCUGGUGCAGCUGGAGGACUCGGACUACAAGGCCCUGGACCCCAAAGACAUCCGGCUGCCCCCCCCCAUGCCGCCCAGCGACCGCCUGCUGGCCGCCGUGGAGGCCUUCUACAGCCCGCCGUCCCACGACCGGCCGCGCAACAGUGAGGGCUGGGAGCAGAAUGGUCUCUACGAGUUCUUCCGAGCCAAGAUGAGAGCCCGGAGGAAGAGGGGCGUCCCGGAGCGCCGCAGCAGGGGCCGGUCCUCGUCCCGGUCCAGCUCGCCGUCCUCCAAGUCGUCCCGGUCGCGCUCCUCCAGCUCGUCGCGCUCCUCCUCCGGCUCGCGCUCCCGCUCCCGGUCCUCCGGGUCCCGCUCCCGGUCCCGCUCGCCGGCCAAGCCGCGCCGCAGCCCCCCUCCCUCCUCCUCCUCCUCCUCGCCCUCCCAGCAGGCCGGCCCCCCCGCCGGGUCCUCCAAGGGGGGCCCGGACAGCCGGCUCGGGGAGGAGAACAAGGGCCACCAGCUGCUCAUGAAGAUGGGGUGGAGCGGUUCCGGCGGCCUCGGCGCCAAGGAGCAAGGCAUCCAGGACCCCAUCAAGGGGGGCGACGUCCGGGACAAGUGGGACCAGUACAAGGGGGUGGGGGUCUCGCUGGACGACCCCUACGAGAACUACCGCCGCAACAAGAGCUACAACUUCGUGGCCCGCAUGAAGGCCCGGGAGGAAGUGAACCGGGAACCCCAGGAGCCCCCCCAGACCGACUGAGGCAGGAGGAGGACUGGAAGAGAGUCCUGAUCCCGGUCUGGAUCCAGACCAGGAUCCAGACCAGGAUCCAGACCAGGAUCCAGACCAGGACCGCCACAGAAAAAUCCGGCUGUUUUUUUUUCUACUGUUUUUGUCUUUAUGUCAAUAAAAUCCUACAAGACCCUGAAA